UCUGAGUUUAGUCUGUAAAAUGUUGAAGACGCGGAAUAUUAUUAUAUUAUUCUUUACAUUGUUUACACAAGGCCUUGCUUUCAAUAGAACAAGGUCUGGAGCUUAUAAUGAUCCUGUUUGUCAGUCUGGGCGCCAAAUCAUAGUUCAUUUGUUUGAAUGGAAAUGGAAAGAUAUUGCGAAAGAAUGUGAAGAGUACCUUGGUCCAAAGGGAUUUUGCGGAGUGCAGGUUUCUCCUCCAAAUGAACAUAUUCAAGGAAGCCCUUGGUGGACCAGGUAUCAGCCAGUAUCUUAUAAACUAGAGUCAAGAUCAGGAUCUCGAGAUGAUUUUAUUGACAUGGUAAACAGAUGUUCUGCUGUAGGAGUUAAUAUUGUCGUAGACGGGGUCAUCAACCAUAUGUCUGGAUUAGAUGGCCAAGGAACAGGAACAGGAGGAUCUUCAUAUAAUGGAGGUGGACAAGAUUAUCCUGGGGUUCCAUUCUCAAAACAGGUAACUUUACAAACUACAAGGUGUUCCAGAAACUACAAGGUGUUCCAGAAAUUACAAGGUGUUCCAGAAACUACAAGGUGUUCCAGAAACUACAAGGUGUUCCAGAAACUACAAGGUGUUCCAGAAACUACAAGGUGUCCCAGAAACUACAAGGUGUCCCAGAAACGACUUUCAAGCCGUCUUGCUUCUGUCAUGUUUCGUGGGACACCCAACUAGGUGAGAAACUGUUAUCUUGUUGGACUGAAUGACCUAGCUGGAGCUAAGGAUUAUGUUAGAACUAAGAUAGCAGCAUAUCUACAGGACUGUGUAGAUAUCGGAGUCAAGGGGUUUAGAAUUGAUGCUGCUAAACAUAUGUGGCCUGGAGAUAUAAAAGAAACUAUUGACAAAGUAGGAAAUUUGCCUGAAGGAGGACGACCUUUCUUUUUCCAUGAAGUUAUUGACCAAGGAGGUGAAGUGAUCAAGGUUCAGGAGUACUAUGGAGUUGGGAGAACUACUGAGUUCAGAUAUGGAAUAAAGGUUGCUGAGGCAAUCUCUAAUACAAAUUUUGCUGCUCUUGGAGGGGUUUAUGAUCAAGGUUGGGGGAUGUCCGACUAUGAUCAUGCUGCUGUAUUUAUUGAUAACCAUGAUAAUCAAAGAGGACAUGGUGGUGGUGGAAACCUUUUAACUCAUAAAGAUCCCUACAAAUAUAAACUUGGAUCUGCGUUCAUGUUGGCGCAUGAUUAUGGAUUUAAACGACUUAUGUCUAGCUACUACUUCUCAUCCUCAGAUCAGGGCCCACCAUCUUCAUCCCCUGGAUGUGGAGGGAGUGAAUGGGUUUGUGAACAUAGGUGGAAAUCUAUUGGUAAUAUGGUUGAGUUCAGUAAUGUAGCCGCAGGUCAACCAAUCAAGAAUUGGGAUGCAGGCUCGGAUUAUGUAGGAUUUGCCAGAGGAGCAGUUGCUUUCUUUGCCAUGGGAAACCUCAACAAAGAGUUUAACACUGGACUUCCUGACGGUUCCUACUGUGAUAUUAUCUCCGAGUGUGCUCAAACUGUCCAGGUGUCUGGUGGGAAAGCUAGCUUAAAACCCCAUGAUGGACAGGAACCUGUUGUUGCUAUCUGUGUUGGAUGUGGAGAAACUACAACCACAACUAAACCUUCAACAAAUGAGAAACCUAGCACUACUACAGCUAAAACUACUACCGCAGGGACUGGAACUACGACGUCUACAACUACUGAACCAGUUACAACAGAUUCUGGAAUUUGCUGUGAUAUUAUCAUACUUUCCAGCUCUGCAGGAGUUUUAGAAAACUAUCCAGAACUUCUUGGGAAGUAUAUCAAAAUAGGGGAAGAAAAUGGUAGACCUUUGUACAAGCAUUCGACUGUUCUUCAAACUGAAAUGCAUCUUCAUUAUACCAUUGAUGCUCAAUACAAGUGGGAGGGUUGGAUGAUAACAGAAGAAAAUGAUGCACACUUUGGAUAUAUCAGUAAUGAGAAUGAGGCUGAUUGUCCUACUAAGAUGAAAUCAGGAUGGGAGUUUAUGCAUCCUGAAGGUUGGAUAGAAGAUACAACUUUAUCCAUAUCCUGCUCAGGGGACCAACCUACUCCAUCAGGACCUACUGAUGGGACUACCAAUGGACCUACAACUGGAACACCUAAACCAACGGAUGGACCUGGACCUGGAGGUGUUGCUACCACUAUUGUUGCAAUCAAGAAGCAAACUGUGAUUGGUAGUGAUCUAUUCAUCAUUGGUGGUGUAGCACCAGAUCAACAGAUAGAUAUUUCACUUCAUUCAUUUCCAGUGAUCUGGGACAAAUAUCAGUUUUGGAUGGAUGGAGAUGAUCAUCUAGACUGGGAUGGAGCAGAGCCUGGACAAGGAGCAGCUCCCAAUCCAGAAAAUCCAGAUGAAGAAUGGGAGGCAAUGGGUACUCCAGGAGCUUGGACUACAAAUGAUGAAACAAACUCUCAUUACUACGCUCCAAAUACAUUUGGAGAACACUAUUGGUUUGUAGUUAUGGAAAUGGACUGCAGUCAAACUCAGAAUGGUUGGUUUGAGUUCAAUACAAUUUAUACUCUUGGAGGAGAAACUGGAGAACCUGCAGUAGACCAGGAAGAAUGUACUGGAUCUAUUGGAGGCACAGCUCCCUUUACUUCAACCAAUCAUAUUGCCAGGUGUGGGUACAUGAACGUGUUCACAUACGGAGCCGGAGAUUGUCUAAUUGAGGAAGUCCCAGACCUCCCUGCCUUUUAGGAGAUCCCAGACCUCUCUGCCUUUUAGGAGAUCCCAGACCUCCCUGCCUUUUAGGAGAUCCCAGAUUUCCCUGUCUUUUAUGAGAUCCCAAACCUUCCUGCCUUUUAGGAGAUCCCAAACCUUUUUGCCUUUUAGCAGAUCUCAGAUCUCCCUCUUUCUGGCUGCCCAGAACUCCUUGCUUUUUUAUGAAUAAUGUGUGUUAUGUCACUAAAUACUAGCAAAUAAACUUUAAAGCAUAA